UGGUGGUUGCGGUUUAAGCAACCGUCCCACAUCUUUCCUUUUCCUCGUUCCGACGCUCCCUUUUUCUUCCUCCUCCACCGCCCACCAGCGCCGGUCGUCUCCCCCACCCCACCGAGCGAUUCGUGCAUAAAUUGCAAGAGCAAAGCAUGUGAUUUUUUUUUUUUUAAAGAAUUUAAGGUGGAAUAAAGGGUUUUCUCUGGGAAUCUGAUCGCAAGAUGGAAGUCCGGCAGAACCCGACGGCGGACAACUCGUCGACGGUGUCCGGCCGCCGGCAGGCGCCGAAGCAGGCCAAGGCCUCGCCUGUUCCCGUCGAUUCGACCUCCGUCACUCAGAGGCUCCAGAAGGAACUGAUGGCGCUGAUGAUGAGUGGAGAUCUUGGAGUAUCGGCAUUUCCUGAAGGUGAAAGUAUUUUCUCAUGGGUAGGCACAAUUGAGGGUGCAAAAGGCACGGUGUACGAGGGUCUCUCUUACAAGCUUUCAUUGCGGUUCCCAUUGGAAUAUCCAUUCAAGCCACCGCAAGUCAAGUUUGAGACUCUGUGUUUCCAUCCGAAUGUCGAUCAGUUUGGCAAUAUAUGUCUUGACAUCCUUCAGGAUAAGUGGUCAUCAGCGUAUGACUGCAGAACCAUUCUUUUGUCCAUUCAGAGUCUGCUGGGAGAGCCCAAUCUUGAGAGUCCCUUCAACAGCUGUGCUGCAGCUUUGUGGAACAAUAAAGAAGAUUACAGAAAGAUGGUCCAUAAACAAAGUUUUGCUGGAGAGCUUUUCGAAGAGUGAUCAGUCGGGCAUUCAUACUUUCACUGUCACAUGGGAUACAUUGCAUUGCCAAGUUUUCUCUAGAAUUCGAGAAAAUAGCUCGACACUGAUCUAGACUUGUAUAGUCUCUUUUUUACGAUAGUGGAAUAUUGCAUCUGUAAGAUUGAUUUGUUAGGCAAUGAUAGACCCAAAAAUGGGUGAACACUUUGUCUGUUCAAGAUGAUAAUCAACUUCUGUCCGGAGAAAACUGGGGACUUUGUACGUCAUUUGUGGUUUGUUAAGAUUUGUAUUUGUACUGCUUCUACUGUAACAUUUGUUUGCGGAAAAUGUAAAUGAUCUUGAUAAAAGGGAUCGUCAUUUCUCCUCUGUGGAUGGGUUAAGAUGACCACUCCAUUAGCAGGGAAUUCUUAAUAAACCCACGACCCUUCUCAGUA